AGACAGAGAGAGAGAGCGCCAAAUGAAGCCACGGCAACAACUAACAUUUCAUUUUCUCUUUCUGCGGACUAUAAUACAGACACGUUCCUUCUUUCUCUCUCUUUCUCAUUUCCUCAUUCACAAAAUCACAUGCACACUCUUCUUCAAUCUCAACAACACUGAAAACACUCCAAGAUGCGAAUUCCGAUCAACCACCGUUUCACAAACCUAAUCACACAUUCAUCCCGCCACAUCUCCACCUGCAGAGCCAUUCUCCUUCCCUCUUUCGGUGGACCCCACAAUCUCCAACUUCACCAUAACGUCGAAAUCCCUCCUCUCAAACCCCAUGAAGUCCUCGUCCAUUCUCGCGCCGUUUCCAUUAACCCUUUGGAUACCAGAAUGCGUGUUGGUUAUGGGCGUUCAGUUUUUGAGAGGCUUCUGCCGAUUAUUUUGGGCCGUGAUGUGAGCGGAGAGGUGGUGGCGGUUGGUUCUGAGGUGAAGUCUGUGUGUGUUGGCCAACAAGUUUUUGGGGCUUUGCAUCCAACUGCUAUUAGAGGGACUUAUACUGAUUAUGCAAUUCUUUCUCAAGAUGAGGUUACUGCAAAACCAGAUUCACUUUCUCAUGUGGAAGCAAGUGCCAUUCCUUUUGCUGCACUGACAGCAUGGCGUGCUCUAAAUGGUACUGCUAGAAUAACUGAGGGGCAAAGGAUAUUAGUAAUAGGAGGUGGAGGAGCUGUAGGGUUUUCUGCUAUUCAGUUUGCAGUAGCUGCUGGUUGCCCUGUCACAACUACUUGUGGAAGUCAAAGCAUUGAACGAAUGUUAGCAGCUGGUGCUGAGCAAGCUGUCGAUUAUCUUUCUGAGGAUUAUGAGUUGUCUAUAAAGGGAAAGUUUGAUGUUGUUUUGGACACAAUUGGUGUGGCUGAGACAGAACGGAUGGGCAUUAGUUUUCUGAAAAGAGGUGGACAUUAUAUGACACUUCAGGGUGAAGCAGCAUCGUUGUCUGAUAAGCUUGGUCUGACUCUUGGGCUUCCCGCAGCUACAGCUUUUUUAUUGAAAAAACAGAUUCAAUACCGAGUUGUUAACGGAAUAGAAUACUCAUGGAUAUUCAUGAGGGCUGACAUAGAAGGUUUAACUGAGAUUCGAAAGCUAUGUGAAGCCGGAAAGAUGAAGAUACCUGUGGAUAAAACAUUUCCUAUAACACAAGUAAGCGAAGCUCAUGAGGCGAAAGACAAGAGAAUCGUUCAAGGUAAAGUGGUGCUGGAAUUUGAUUGAAAGCCUCAAGCUAAUACAUACCAGGGCGUUGCUUAAACUAGAUUUUUUAGCCUAUUUUCGGUUUCCUCUUCAAUGGAUUGUUCCACAAUUAAUUGAGAAAUAGACAGUUUUUUUUUUUCUUCUGGGUUUUUACUGUAUGAUAGAAAAUGAAACUUUUUUUUUUUGUAAAUUUUGAUUCAUAAUAUCCAAUCACAAAAAAUCUGUAAAUUUGUCGAGAAUUUUGUGUGAUGCUUGAGCUGUAUGCUAUUGUUCUGUUUAGUCAUGCCCACUUGUGAAAGGUGUGGGUAUGACUUUAUACUUCAAUAAAUCCAAUGUGUCAAUUGCUCUUAGUUA